AUGAAAGUAAAGAACUAUUCAAUCUUCAAUAAAAGCAAAUAGUAAUAAUAUCGAAUUUGUGAGAUAAUCCCUACAAUCUGUGGAGUUAAUGGUAUUACAUAUAUUCCAGAUGAGUAACCUAUAUUAAUGCAAUUCUCUUAAUGCACAUGUUCUAAUAAGAAAAUCAACAUUUUAAAUUCAAACAAAUGGAGUCAGAAAGAUAGAAUUCGUUCUUAUUCUUAAGUAAUUUAAAGGCCUAUAACCAGAAAAUCUACAAGAAUCCUUACAUAAGUUAAAGAGAAUACACCUCCAAAAUUUUUAACAUUAAGAGUGUCAGCUAGAAGAUGGUGUGCUUAUCAAAGUAACUCAAAAUUUUAUGGUGUCAACGAAAAUACCAAAUGUGAAGUUGGAUGCUUAACUAAAUUGAUGGCAAUUUAUACUAUAUUAUAAAUAUGUUAGGACUAUAAAAUGAAAUUUUUAGUACCUUAUUAUGCAGAAAGUGUACCAGAACCUAAAGCAGAUUUAAAUUCUUUUAAUUAUUUGACUCUAGAAUAACUUUUGUAUGCACUUAUUCUUAGAAGUGGUAAUGAUGCUUUAUGGAGUAUAAUUAGUGGAUUAAGUGAAAAAUUAUAUGGAAUUACAUAAAGAAAUCUAAUAAAAAACAAAUUUCUUGACUUAUUUAAUCGAAAUGCAUAAUAAUUAAAGAUGAAUAAUACUAGAUAUACAAAUUUAGAAGGUCUCGCUGAUCCAAAUAAUGUAACAACUGCAAAUGAUAUGUGUCUACUUUGUGAUUAAUUAUUGAAAUUUGAUAUAUUUAAAAGAAUCUUAAAAACUAAGAGUUACACCUGUAGAGCAACAUUUGAAAAUGGAGAUCUAUCAACUGUAUACACAUGGAAAAAUAGAUAAUUCUAAUUUAUGAAAAAAGGUUUUUAUGGAUUUUAAGGUAUAAACAAUAAUAGUGGUCCUUGUGCUUUGAUGAUACCAGAAGCUGAUACUAAUUAAUUGUUUGUAAUACUUUUAAAAUGUAAUCCUAAAUAAGAAAUUGUGGAUGCUCAAAUGAUAACUAAGUAUUAAUGA